AUGUCUUUCAAGAAGGGCGAGAUCAAAAGUAUCGCUGUUAUCGGCGCGGGAGCCUCUGGUGCUAUGGCGCUGGACACCCUUGUCCGCGAACAGGCAUUUGAUACGAUCAAGGUUUUUGAGCGCCGUGAAAAAGCCGGCGGAGUAUGGCACGUACCUUCAUCUUACAGCAGGCUAAAUGAUGAGCAUGUUCAGAAUCAGCCAGUGCCUAUCGGAAUUCAGGAAAAUGAUAUUGAUCCUCCGCUACCUCCCCCUGACGUUCUACCCGCCAAAACGAAGAAAAGCCCACAGGAACGCUAUGACGCUACGCCGAUUUAUUCUUACCUGGAAACCAACAUUGAUGUUCACGUCAUGGAAUUCACAGAGGAGCCAAUUUCGGAUCGUGCGACGCCCGAAUCGAUUGCUCGAUUUGGUGCCAAUACGCCCUUCCGCCAUCACUCGGUGAUCCAGCACUACGUGGAGGGCCUUUUUCAGCGCCAUGACUACGAAAAGUAUAUUGAGUUUCGUGUGACAGUGGAGCGAGUGGCCAAGUCUGGUAAAGGCUGGACUUUGACUCUUCGGAGAUCCGAAAAGGACCAUGACUACUGGUGGCAGGAAUACUUUGAUGCUGUGGCGAUAUGCUCGGGGCAUUACAGUGUGCCUUUCGUUCCCGACAUCCCAGGUUUGGUGGAUAUGGCAACUACCUAUCCUGGUAGUGUCGAGCAUACCAAGGGAUUUCGCAGCCGCAAUGACUACAAGGACCUCAACGUGGUGAUCGUGGGUGGGAAUAUUUCAGCCAUGGACGCGGCCUUUGACAUUGUGGAUCAUGCCAAGCACGUUGGAGUCGCCAUGCGCGGCAAGCCACAUCCCUAUUUUACCGAUACAGUAUUUACUCACCCGGCUAUCCACCGUCAUACAGGCAUUCGGCGUAUCGAUGCAGCGAGCCGAAGUGUGUAUUACUACGAUGGCACUGUCGAUACGAAUGUGGACAAAAUUCUACUCGGAACUGGAUAUAGGUUCAGCUUGCCUUUCCUUAAGCAAAAGGACGUAUCAAACAAUCGUAUACAUGGACUCUAUCAACAUGUGGUCAAUAUUGAAGACCCCACAUUGGCAUUCAUUGGUGCUGUGAAUGCAGGAUUGACAUUUAAAACGUUUGAAUGGCAAGCAGUUCUGGUCAGUCGAUUGUGGUCCGGACGCUGUACAUUGCCUUCCGUCGAAGAGCAAUACCAGUGGGAGAUGGAUCGCAUUAGACAACGAGGAGAUAAUGUCAAAUUUACUGUGCAAUAUCCAGACUUUGAGGAGUAUUUUAACACACUGAGAGACCUUGCUGGGAACGAUGGGCCAGGUCGCAAGUUACCCGUGUUUGACCCUUCCUGGAGAGAGGGAUUUGAAGCCUGUGUCGCUCUACGUAUUUCCCGCUGGAAGUAUGACAUUGAAAAUGCCACAAAAGAGGCAAAGAAAGGCUGCGAUAAGCAGUGUCACCUGUAG